CGGUGCCCUGCUGCCAUCAGUACUCUGCAGCCAUGAGUUCAGACCAGGAAAUGGCUAUCUUUGGGGAGGCUGCUCCUUACCUCCGAAAGUCUGAAAAGGAGCGCAUCGAGGCCCAGAAUAAGCCUUUUGAUGCCAAGACAUCAGUCUUUGUGGUGGACCCCAAGGAGUCCUUUGUGAAAGCGACCGUGCAGAGCAAGGAAGGGGGGAAGGUGACAGCCAAGACUGAAGCUGGAGCGACAGUAACUGUGAAAGAAGACCAAGUCUUCCCCAUGAACCCUCCCAAAUAUGACAAGAUCGAGGACAUGGCCAUGAUGACCCACCUGCAUGAGCCUGCAGUGCUGUACAACCUCAAAGAGCGUUACGCAGCCUGGAUGAUCUACACCUACUCAGGCCUGUUCUGCGUCACUGUCAACCCCUACAAGUGGCUGCCAGUGUACAACGCAGAGGUGGUGGCUGCCUACCGAGGCAAAAAGCGCCAGGAGGCCCCGCCCCACAUCUUCUCCAUCUCUGACAAUGCCUAUCAGUUCAUGCUGACUGAUCGGGAGAAUCAGUCUAUCUUAAUCACGUAUGUAUUAUUAUUAUGAGACUUAUUCCUAUUU